UUGAGGGGUCAGCCACGGAGGAGCUAAUCGCACCCUAGAAAGAAGUCCGUGCUAGGUGUGGUGGAGCGGAGCUCAUGGGGGUAGGAACGCGACUGGGCUGCCUCCGGAAGUGAGAGCCCCGAGGCACGUUUGUGGGAUAUCGUGCCCCGAGCCUCAGGCGCGUGCGUGCGUGAGGAGCGGAGAAGGGCGAUUUGGGGUUCAGGCCUGGCUUCUCUGGACUCUGCUUCUGCAGUGGAGGGAACCCACAGAGGACUGACAAGUUCUUACAGUUCUAAAAUCAUGGCCCAUGAGCAUUGACAGAGCAGUGAAAGAUGAAGUCCCUCAAGGGAAAUAUUUGAGCUUCUGUCAUCAGAUUCAUGAUUCUGUGAAACAGAGAUGGUUCCAUCCAACUUCAAAGGCCUGUUUUCCAGGUGUCCUUGGCAUUCAAGGAUGUGGCCAUAGAUCUUUCUCAAGAGGAGUGGGAGUGCCUGGAUACUGCUCAGAGGGACUUGUACAGGGAUGUGAUGUUGGAAAACUACAGCAACCUCAUCUCACUGGGAUGUAUCAUUCCUAAGCCAGAUGUGAUUGUUUUAUUGGAGCAAGAGAAAGAUCCGUGGCUGGAAACGAGGGAAGAAACAAGAAGGCAGUCCUCAGAUUUCACCAAGAAGUUAUUUCCAGAAAAGGAUGUUUGUGAAAAAUAUUUGUCUCAAUUUCAGACAGUGGAAAAAAAUGAAACCAACAAUGGGGAUACCAUUUUCAGAAAUGGAUUGCAGAACAAGCGUGAAUUUGAGAGAAAAGAGGAACAUCAGAUGGGAUGCAUUAGUCAAAUGAUAAUCCAAAACCAAAUCUCUCUUCCUCUACAACAGAAAAUUCAUCCUAGAGAGAAACCAUAUAAAUGUAAGGAAUGUAAGAAGGCCUUUAGACAACAGUCUUACCUUAUUCAACAUAUGAGAAUUCACACUGGUGAGAGACCUUAUAAAUGCAUGGAAUGUGGAAAGGCCUUCUGUCGAGUGGGAGACCUUAGAGUACACCAGACAAUCCAUGCUGGAGAGAGACCCUAUGAAUGUAAAGUAUGUGGGAAGGCCUUUAGACUUCACUAUCACCUUACUGAACAUCAGAGAAUACAUUCUGGUGUGAGACCCUAUGAGUGUAAGGAAUGUGGGAAGACCUUUAGUCGAGUUAGAGACCUCAGAGUACAUCAGACAAUUCAUGCUGGGGAGAAACCCUAUGAAUGUAAAGAAUGUGGGAAGACCUUUAGACUUAACUAUCAACUUGGUGAACAUCAAAGAAUUCACACUGGUGAGAGGCCCUACGAAUGUAAGGUUUGUGGAAAGACCUUUAGGGUACAACGACAUAUCAGUCAACAUCAGAAAAUCCAUACUGGUGUAAAACCCUAUAAAUGUAAUGAAUGUGGGAAGGCCUUUAGUCACAGUUCAUACCUUGUCCAACAUCAGAAAAUUCAUACUGGUGAGAAACCCUACAAAUGUAAGGAAUGUGGUAAGUCCUUCAGUUUUUAUGCAGAACGUACUCGACAUCAUAGAAUUCAUACUGGUGAGAAACCCUAUGCAUGUAAAGACUGUGGGAAAGCCUUUCGUCUUCGAACAGAACUUACUCGGCAUCACAGAACUCAUACUGGUGAGAAGCCCUAUGAAUGUAAAGAAUGUGGGAAGGGUUUUAUUUGUGGCUACCAACUUACUUUACAUCUGAGAACUCAUACUGGUAAUGUUCCUUAUGAAUGUAAGGAAUGUGGGAAAACCUUCAGUAGCCGCUAUCAUCUUACUCAACAUUACAGAAUACAUACUGGUGAAAAACCCUUCCUGUGUAAGGAAUGUGGGAAAGCCUUUCGACUUCAAGCAGAGCUUACCCGGCAUCUCAGGAUUCAUACUUGCAAGAAACCUUAUGAAUGUAAGGAAUGUGGGAAGGCUUUUAUUCGUAGCAGUCAACUUAUUUCACACCAGCGAAAUCACACUAAUGAGAAUACCUAUGAAUGUCAAGAAUGUGGGAAGAUUUGUAGUCGUCGUUACAAUCUUAUUCAACAUUAUAAAAUUCAUACUGGUGAAAAACCCUAUGAAUGUAAAGAAUGUGGAAAGUCCUUUCGUUUUCAGACAGAACUUACUCAACAUCACAGAAUUCAUACUGGUGAAAAACCUUAUAAAUGCAAAGAAUGUGGGAAAGCCUUUAUUCGUAGCAAUCAUCUUACUCAACAUUACAGAAUUCAUACUGGUGAAAAACCUUAUGAAUGUAAGGAGUGUGGGAAGACCUUUAGUCGUCACUAUCGUCUUACUCAACAUUACAGAAUCCACACUGGUGAGAAACCCUACGUCUGUAGUGAGUGUGGAAAUGCUUUUAUUUGUAGUUAUCAACUUACCUUACAUCAAAGGAUUCACUCUGGUGAGAUUCCAUAUGUAUGUAAGGAGUGCGGGAAGACCUUUAGUCGUCGGUACCAUCUUACUCAACACUUUAGACUUCAUACUGGUGAGAAACCUUAUGAGUGUAAGGAAUGUGGGAAUGCCUUUCGCCUUCAAGCAGAACUUACCCGACACUACGCAGUUCAUACUGGAGAGAAACCUUAUAAAUGUAAGGAGUGUGGGAAGGCCUUUAAUGUUAAUUCAGAACUUACUCGACAUCACAGAAUUCACACUGGUGAAAAGCCUUAUAAGUGUGAAGAGUGUGGGAAGGCCUUUAUUCGUAGUGACCAGCUUACUUUACACCAGAGAAGUCAUACUAGUGAGGAAACACUAUGCAUGAUGUAGAGGAUACAAUGGCUUCUUGAAAAUGCCUUUUACAUCAAGGAUUCGUAAUGUAUUUUUACACAUUAGGGAAUAUAUAGGAAUCACUUUUGCUUCAUAUUUACAAAUUAUUUUACAUGUUGGUUUUUAAAGUUUCAAAACCAUAACAUCACUCAGUCUUGAUUCAGGUUUAGCAGACUGAUUAUGGCGCAGUGCAGCUCAAGCCAUUAAGAACUUUUUCCCCCUCACAAGCUGAUGUUGAGCAGUACUUCUGUAAAGUGCAAGAACAUUGGUUUACAGGGGGAUGGGGAGGAAAUGGAAAGGAACACUAUAAAAGCUCCAUUUUUCUUAUUUAAUUUAAUGCCAUAAAUCAUCUGUCAGAUUGCUAUAAAUUUCUAAACGCUUGCUCCCACUGUCUGGCCCUUAACUCAUUGUAAACCAGAAGCAAACAAUUCGUCCACAUGGUCCACACUUCUUUUAGAACUAGAACAGAAGAUGAUUGUUAAUGAAAUGAGUGUAGGAAGGACUUCAGCCACAGCACAUCAUUGUUCUAAGUCAUAAGUUCACUUCUGCCUGUGCAGAAGUUGGCAAGACUCUUCCCUUCUGUGCCUCAGUUUUAAAGUGGUAGUAAUAGUAUCUACCUAGUAGUAUUUUUGUGAGGAUGAAAUAAAAAUGGAAACUUUUAGAAGAGUACUUGAGAAAGCAUGUGCUUAAUAUUACUGUUCUUAUUUUGUUAUAUUUAAUUGUAGAUGGACACAAUACCUUUGUUUCUAUGUGGUGCUGAGGAUUGAACCCAGUGCCUCACAAGUGCUAGGCAAGUACACUGCACUGAGCUAUAGCCACAGUCCCUACCAUAUUAUUUUUAUCACUGAUGGUACCGUUAGUAAAUUCACUUGAGAGGAAUACUACAUGGGUGAACUUAAAAACCACCCAUUACCUUUCACUCAGUAAAUGUGAAUAACCAGAUAAAAUCCAGUAAAAUAGAGUGAACUUCUAUUUCCAAAGGCAGAGCUCAUCUCUGAAAAUAGGAAAAAGAAAUCUCUAGAUUUCAUGAGUGUAAAGAUGACAAGAAUAAAGCUUUUAAAGAACCAGGAAAGCUGUAAUGCCUUUUCAUGACCCAAAAACAAGAUAUGCUAUAAUUUAUAAUUUCUUCCCAUUAAUUGGUAAAUUAGAAGCCACCAAAAGAUUACUGUCCAUUCAGAAAAAUUAAGAUAGUAUAGUGACCCCUGGUGUGUCCUCACCAUGUUCAUUAGUAAUUAAUAUAUAAUUUGGUUUGUGUCAAUAUGAUAUUUACACGUCUUUGUUGUAAUAUUUGAAUAUAAAUGGAUGUCAUGACAUGUCAACCUUUCAGAGUAAAAGCUGCCUUCUACUUAAUUACUACAUAGCUUCACAACUAAGGAGAUUAAUAAUUCUAUAAUCUCUAACAUUCGGUCUCUUUUUUCUAUCGUGGAACAGUUUAAGAGUAGCCCUUUUCCCCAAUGUUAUCACACUGACUUUUUUCAAAGUUUAGGAUAGUUGUUGUGUAGAAUAUUAUAAUUUUUUUUCUCAUUGUUUUUUUCAAAAUGUUUUUAAUGUGCUCAUUUAUCCCCACUAUUUCUCACGAAUUGAAGUUAGAAUUAGAAACUCAGUGAGGUUCAGAUUAAAUAAUUUGACAAGAAUACUUAAUAGGUGAUAUUUGUAUUUCAGUUGUAAUCCAUUAGUUGGCGUACAGUGUCACACCACUACAUUGUCCUUCAUUGAUUCACUUGAUGCAGCAGAUUGUACUUGCCAAAGAUGGCUACACCAGUGGAUCCUGUUCUACAUGCUAUCCUUAUAGUGUGAUAUUGCACUCUCCCGUCAAGAGGUAGGGUCCAUAUUCUUGCCUUUGAAUCUGGGCAGGCAGGCCUGUGUUUGUGGCAGAAGUGACACUACAUGAGUUCCAAGACUAACUCAUAAUAGGCAAUAUAGUUUCUGAUUGAUAUACUUGGGAUGCCAGAGCCCUAGGAAAGGUCCAGAUAACAGGUUCUGAUUAGAGUCCCUAUUUAUAUUCCAGACAACAGCCCCAUCAGGCACCAGGUAUAUGAGUAUGUACAACCUUUAAAUGAUUCUAACCCUUAGCUUUCAAGCCAGCCCAACUGGUACCAAGUGGAACAGAGACAGCAUUCCUCUGCCUGCCCAAAUUGCAGAUGCAUGAGUGAAAUAAAUAUUGCUUUAAGACACUUAAGUUUUGGAGCAGUUUGUUACACAGAAAUAGAUAAUUAUCAUAUAAACCAAGAAAUUCAAUUACCAUGUUUCUUUGCUAUGGCACACUUGAAAAUUAUGAACUUUGAAGGUAUGCCCCAACACAUAGAUGCCCUCAGCAAAGGGUGGAGAGACCUACUGGCUCAAGACACUUGAAGAAAUUUUCUAAUUAUCUGGUGAUGUGUUAGCUUUUUAUUGCUAUGACCAAAAUAUCUGACAAGAACAUCUUAGAGGAAGAAAGUCUUAUUUGGGCUCACAGUUUCAAAGGUUCAGUCCAUGGUUGGCCAACUGCAUUGCUUUGGGACUGUGGGGAGGCAGCACAUCAUAGCAGAAAGGUGAAGUGAUAGAAAGCUCAUAGAAGCCAGGAAGGAAAAAAACAUGAAUAGCCAGGGACAAAAUAUAAUCCCCCAAAUAAUUCCCCCAAUGACCUCUUUCCUCCAGCCAUGCCCCACCUCCCUGUAGUUACCACUCAGUAAUCCAUUCAAAUUAUUAAUCCAUCAAAUGGAUUAAUCUACUGAUGUGGUCACAGCUCUCAUAGUCUAAUCAUUACAACUACGAACAUUCCUGCAGAGGCUACCUUGUUUCAAAUACAUGAACUUUUCCUGAGACAGUUCAUAUCUGAACCAUAAGAGGUGACCACUUAUGCUGAUAUAGAGGUGACUUCUAGGAAGUCAGAUCAGAAUUCCUAGAAUAUGAAAAAUAACAUAAUAGCAGAAAUGUCUGUGGUCAUACACUAUAAGAAAUAGUAUAGAAUAAGAUCAGCAAAGUCUCUGAAGGACAAAAAUACAGAAAUGAAAAUAAUUCCUGGGUGUGUAUUGUAGGUGUGGACAGAUUACAGAGUUGUGAAAUAGGGUCCCAAACUUAGUCUUUCCAAUUUACAAUAAUGUUAAGUGAUAAAAUUUGAAAUACAGGGGCUGGGAUUGUGGCUCAGCAGUAGAGUGCUCGCCUAGCAACAGCAGGGCCUGGGUUCGAUUCUUAGCACCACAUAAAAAUAAAGGCAUUGUGUUGUAUCCAUCUACACCUAAACAUAAAUAAUUUUUUUAAAUUUAAAGUAUAAUUUCUAUUUAAUAUAUGAGUUUAAAUCCAUUUCCUAGGCAAAAUGGACAGUACUUUCAUAUGAUGUUGGGCAGCAGAAGUGACUCAUAGCAAAUCAUUAGCCACUUUAUUCACAAUGGUAAACAACCAGUACUCCGUAUUGUAAUGUGUUGCUAAACUAUGUUGUUUGAUAGCUUAGGUAUAUUAAAUGCCUUUUUCAGCUUGUGAUAUUUUCCAGUGGGUUUAUUAGGAAGCAACCCCCUUAUAAGUUAAGGAGCAUCAUACAAUUCAUUCACAGUGGAAAAAAAAAAAAAAAGCAGAAGAAACUUCCUGUGAGAACAUUCAGGUAUUGAAUUUAGUAAAGACCUGAAAGCAGCUGUUACAAAUGUAAAGAACUACACGUAUAAAGAACUAAAAGUAUAGUGAUGAUCUCACCAAAUAGAGAAUGUCAGUGCAGAGACAGACUGCUUAAAAAUGAACCAAAUGGGAAUUGGAGCUGAGAAGUGUAAGAUCUGAAAUGGAAAAACUCACUAAAGGGCUCAAAAAACAGCAGAUUUGAGCUGGAAAAAGAAUUGGUAAAUUUGAAAAUAGAUGGAUAGAAAUUAUGUACUUUGAAAAAUAGGAAGAAUAAAAAAAUGAACAGAACCUCAAGGACUUGUAAAACAUCAAUCAUACCAACGUGCACAUGAUAUAAGGACAAGAUCAGAAAAAAAAGUUUGAAAAAACAAUAUAAGCUGGAGGUGUGGCUCAGUGGUAAAGCACCUGCUUAGGGAGGCCUUGCAUCCAAUCCUCAGCACCAAAAACGACAAUGGUCAGACCUUCCCAAAGCUGACUAAGCACGCACAUCUACAAGAAUCUCAAGAAGGCCUAAGUAGGAUAAACUCAUACCAACACCUACUCAAACUGUGAUAGACAGCCACAUGAUUGUCCUUGGCUUCUGACAGUUGAACUAAGAAUAUCUUGAAAGCAGCAAGAGAAAAAAUGUCUCAUCAUAUAGCAUCCUCAAUGAGUGUCAGUUUCUUAUAAGAAACUGAUCAAGGGCUGGGGAUGUGGUUCAAGCAGUAGUGUGCUCGCCUGGCAUGCGUGCGGCCCAGGUUCGAUCCUCAGCACCACAUAGAAACAAAGAUGUUGUGUCUGCUGAAAACUAAAAAAUAAAUAUUAAAAUAUUCUCUCUCGCUCAAAAAAAAAAAAAAAAACAACUGAUCAAAAAGCAGUGGAAUAAACCUAAAAGCACUGUCAAAAAAGAAAAACCUGCUAACCAGGAAUUUCACAUCCAGCAAACUCUCCAAUAAGGACAAUAUCAGAUAAAGACUGAACUAAUUUGUUGCUCUCAGAACUGCCUAACAAGGAAAAUUACUUUAAAAAAAAAAUUAUUUAGGCUGAAAGAAGGAACUAACAGGUGGCAAUUUGAAUCUACAUGAGGAAAUUAAGUUUUGUUAAUGUUGUUACUUAGAUAAAUAUAAAUAUAGCCACAUUCGUAACUGGUAAAAACAAUACCAUAAAAUAAUUGUAAAUUAUCAGACCCUUAAUAUAUCCAGAUGGAAUUAUGUCACAUUUGUAUUAGUGAUGGCACGAAGGAGGCAGAGGAAGGGAGCUCUACAGGAGCCAAAAAUUGAUUUAUUUUUUAAGCUAAUGUAUAUAUUUAAUUCCUAGAGUAACCAUUAAGAAUGUAAUUUUACCCCAAGGUUAAGAAGUAUUAAAGGAUGUAGCUCAGUGAUAGAGCACUAGCCUGGCAUGUAUGAGGCCCCAAGUUUGAUCCCUAACACCACACACACAAAAAUAUAAAUGAUACAUUAUAAAAUACCAGUUAGACACAAAAGACAACAAUAAGGGAAGAAAAGGGAAAUAAAGAUAUGAGACAUGUAAAACAAAUAGUAAAAUGCAGAUAUAAUAAAUUUAGCCUUGUAAAUAAGCAAAAAGAGGCUGAAAAUUAGUGGAUGGAAAAUUAAUGAAAGGAUGGAAAAAAUAUACCAUCCAAAUAGUGGUGACAAGAUAGCAGGGGUGGUUAUACUAAUAUAAGAUAAAAUAGCUUUUAAAAAAUCACUAAAGACAAAAAGGGACAUUAUUUAAUUGAUAAAAGAGUAAUCCCCUCAGUAAAAUAAAAACAAUUAUGGAUAAGUAUGCCCCUAACAAGACACCACAUACAUGAAACAAAAAUUUGGAGGUAAAAAUAGUUAAUAAGAUUGGAGAUUUCAACUCCCUAUUCUCAAUAAUUUAAGGAAAUCCAGCAAGGAUAUAGAAGACUUAAACAUUAAUUACCAAUAGUUAUUAAACCCUCUAUUAACAGUAGAAUACAUAUCCAACAUGAAACAUCCUUUAAACAAUAUGCUGUAGUCUAUAGGUCAAAAAUUUUAAUGAAGACCUAAGUAUAUUCUCUGAUCACAAUUACAAAUCACUAACUCCGGAAAUUUGGUUAAUUUAAAAAAUAUUUUUGAAUUUCCAAAAAUACUGCUAAGUGAAUCAAAGAACACCAUGUGAACCAAAGAAAAAAAAUGAACAAUUGGAAAAUAUUUUGAAUGAAUAUGAAAAAAAAAAUCAGCUGAUGGGAGAAGUAAUGGGAAGUUGAGUUUGGAAUCAAAAGACUGAGAAAACAGCUAUCAGAUCAGAUAUAAGUGAUGGAAGGAAUGCACAGAUUCAAUGUUGAAGGUCAGAGACUUGUAGAGACUCAAAUUCUAGCUACUAGACUAGAAAACAGAAAUUAUUUGUUAACCCAGAACCAGUACUUGCACCAUCAGGUAAGUCUGGAAACAGUGGAAGAAUUGAAAAUCAGUCCUGAGUUUAGUUGCAGGAGAUAAAGCCACCUAACGAACAUGAAUUGUGUUUUUCAAUUUGUUAGUGGAGAACUGUGGUGGGCAGUCAUUGUGCAAAAAUCAUUUUUAAACUUAACAGGUGAGGAAGCAAGCAAAUCUCUGCAGCUUCAUCUCACCAAUAUAUGGAAUGCCUUUUCAACAGGCUGGCCCUGUAACCUGUGUAAAUAGACUGAGCUUAGGCCGCGGAGCCCCCUUCUCGUGACACACCAGAGUCUGCAGUGGGAGUGAGGUAGGAUAGAGCAAAGUGUACAACACUUCCAAAGAGUGUAGCUCCUCGGGGGCAGUGAAUACAUGCACCUGCACUAUGCCUCCAUCAAGAGCCUCCGUCAGGCAGAGUGGUGCCUAUGGAACAAUAUAUACCUCCACUCCUGGCCAUUAUUGACCACACCACCAACCCUCCAUAGCCUAGCCACAGUCCCACACUCUGGCCAUUAGCUGCUGUCACACGUACCCCAGCCGCAGCCCUACACCCCAGCCUCUUGCCACCACACUGCACCCUGCCAGCCCCUAGCCACCAGCUGCCACCCGACACUCCAACUGCUAGGCUACACCAUACCUCUGCUGUAUGCUAUUUUACCCAAAGAACUGAAAACUAUGAAGGUGAGCCCACAUUUGUUUAUAUUAGAGUAUGAAAAAAAGUCUCCAUUUUAAAUCUCAGCAAGGAGCAAAUCUUGACUAUUGUUGCAUUAGCUGUUUUUUUGUAUUUAAUUUUUAAAUUUUUUAAGUAUUUUUUUUUAGUUGUAAUGGACAUUUAUUUAUAUGUGUUGCUGAAAAUUGAACCCAGCGCCUCACACAUGUGAGGCAAGUGCUCUACCACAACCCUGGCCCCCCCAAUUUUUUUUUUUUAAAGAGAGAAUUUUUAAUAUUUAUUUUUUAGUUUUCAGCGGACACAACAUCUUUCUUUGUAUGUAGUGCUGAGGAUUGAACCCAGGACAAACGCAUGCCAGGCGAGCACGCUACCACUUGAGCCACAUCCCCAGCCCCCCCCCCCCAAUUUUUUAAAAUAUUUUUUAGUUGUAGUUGGACACAGUACCUUUAUUUAUUUUUAUGUGGUGCUGAGGAUCGAACCCAAGGCCUCACACAUGCUAGGUGAGCACUCUACCGCUGAACCCCAACCUUGGCCCCUGUUUUUUUGUAUUUUGUUGUGUCUUCCCUCAUUGGUUUUUUAUGAUUCCAACUCAUUUGAUGUAUUCUUUCAAUUAAUUGGGGUUUUCUUGCUACUUCCUUCUUUCUCAUAUGUAUUCCCUUUCUCCCCUUUUCUGCCUCCCUUUCCUUUCUCUUCUUUUCCCUCUUCCUGCAGUAUAAUUUAGUAUGAAGUAUAGCAUCAUUAAUGCUCGAUUUUUUUUAGCAUAUUCUAUAUUUUACACCCACUUUCAUAGCACAUGUUGAUAUUUAGUUUGCUUUUAAAUUACCACCGUUACUGUCAGUUACUUUCUUCUCUCAAAGUGGUGCUGGUAGUUGAAAUUAGCACUUUGAUUAUUUUAGUAUCAACACAUCCAACUGGCAUAAUCACUGGGCUGGAGGUAAUUUUAAAGAGAUAAAUGAUCACUGGAAGACACACACACACACAAAAAAAAAAAGUCCAUCACAACAGAUGUACAAAUAUAGGAUCCCAGCAAAACAAGGAAACAAGACAAGUCACCAAAAAGUUGAUAAAGUCAGACAUUGAAGUGAAUGAAAUGCCAGAAAAAUAAUUCAAAAAUUGUUAAAAUGAUCAGUAAAUUAAACAAAUAUCUAAACAAUGAAUUAAGGGGGAAAUAUGGGUUAUGAAAAUGCAUUUCAGUAAAGAGAUUCUGAAAAAGAAUUCUGCAAAGGCAAGGCACAAUAAGUUAAACUCAGCUGAGAGACUCCAACAGAUCAAAUGGAAGAAGUUCAGAGCUUGAGUACAAGGCAGAUACUCUGGAAUAUUCUGACAGUAGUAAAGACAAAAUAAGAAACUGAUCAAAAUAUCCAAGAACUCUGAGACAUUAAAAGACUUAACAAGGUGCAUAAGUACAGAGGAAGAAGCAGAGAUAUGGGCUAAUUGCAUUGAUAGCCUAGUCAGUGAAAUAAUACUAUUAAAAUAUUCUGAAUUUUAAGAAUGAGAUGGACAUCCAGAUACUGGGGGCAUUUAGAACCCCAAACAGAUAAGACCAGAAAAGAACCUCUCCACAACACACUAUAAUUAAAAUGACAAAUAUUCAGAAUAAGGAUACAAUUUUAAAAGUCUCAAGAGAGAGAAAGGUCACAUUUAGAGAUAAGCCAAUCAGAGAAACAUUGGAUUUCUCAACAGAAAUCCUAAAUUCCAGAAGACUUGGAACAAUGUUACAUCAAGACCUUAAAAUAACUGCCAGCCAAGAUUGCUCUAUCUAGCAAAACUAUUCUUCAGAAUCCAAGGAGAAAUAAAAACCUUCCAAGAUAAGUAUAAACAAAAAUAACUCAUGACUACUAAGGGAGAAUAGCAGAUGAAACUUAAAGAAAUCUUACAUUUUAAAAAAUGUGGGGUAAAAAGAGGUUGGAAAGAAUAAAUCUCUUAGAUGAGCAGUAAACAAUGAGAAUUAGAAAUCAAAAAUAUCAGGAAAUAAUAAACACGUCUCUAUAACACUGAAUGUAAAUGACCUCAAUUCUCCAAUUAAAAGACAAUAGGCAGGCAGACAGGAUUAAAAAACAAGACCCAACUCUGUUCCCUUCAAGAGACACCUCAUAGGCAAAGACAUGUUCAGGCCAAAAGCAAAAGGAUGUAAAAUGAUAUUUGAUGUAAAUGGAACCUGAAAGCAAGGAAAGCACAUACUCUCAUAUUCAACAACCAGGUCAAAAUUAAUCAGAAUAUACAGAAUCAUCACACAGUGGUAUAGGGAAAAAUACAACAAGAAGAUAAAGUGAUAGUAAAUAUUUAUGCCCAAAUGUUGGUAAACUUAAUUAUAUAAAACAAAUGCUACUUGAUAUAAAGUCUCGGAUCCUGAUAUGAUGGUACUUUGUGAUUUCAAUACAUGUUUUUCAGCAAUAGACAUGAGAUCAGCAAAGACACUUUAUACCUAAAAAAUACUAUAAAUCAAAUGGACUUAACAGACAUCUAUAGACUAAUUCAUCGAACAAGAGCUGAAUACACUUUCUUCUCAACUAUUCAUGGAAAUUUCUCCACAAUAGGCCAUGUUUUAACCUGCAAAGCAAGUCUUAGCAAAUAGAAAAAAGUUUAUAUACUUCCUUGCAUCUUAUCAGAUCCUACUUGAAUAAAAUUAGAAAUCAGUAGCAAGAAAAUAUACAGAAGACUAUAUAAACAAAGAGAUUGAAUAACAUACUUUUGAAUGAUGAAUGGUUUUAGAAGAAACCCAGAGAAAUUUUUAAAUUCUUAGAGUCAAACAAGAAUAUAAAUAUAAUAUACCAGAUCUCUGGGACAGAGUAAAGGCAGUUCUGAGAAAAAAGUUUAUAGCUAUGAGUUCCUAUAUUUUAAGUAAAUCUGGAAAAUGCCAAAUAAAUUGCCUAAUAAUAUAUCUUAGGGUCUUAGAAAAGCAAGAACAAACCAAUUUCAAAACCAGUUAAAGGGGCCUUGGGUUGUAGUUCAGUGGCAGAGUGCUUGCCUAGCAUGUGUGAGGCACUGGGUGCAAUCCUCAGCACCACAUAAUUAAAAAAAAACAAAAACAGUAAAAGGAAAUAUCAGUCAAAAUUAAUAAAAUGUAGAAUAAAAAUACAAAGGAUAAAGAUAACAAAUAAUUGGUUCUUUGAAAAGAUGAAUGAGAUUAAUAAACUGUUAGCCAAUGAACCAAGAGAGAAGAGAUGAAAAGGGAAGUAUUACCACAGAUAUCUCUGAAAUCCAAUAAAUCAUCAGGAAUUACUUUGAAAACUUACACAGUAAAACAUUAGAAUAUCUAGAAGAAAUGGAUAAAUUUAUAGACAUGUGACCUACCCAAAUUGGGGCAAGUGGAUAUAGAGAACCUAAACAGAUCAAUAACCAGCAAUGAAAUUGAAGCAGUAAUAAAAAGCCUUCCAAGCCAUGUACAGUAGCACAAUCUGCAAUUCCAGCAACUCAGGAGGCUGAUUGCAAGUUCAAGACCAGCCUCAGCAAUUUAAUGAGGUUCUGACUCAAAAAAAAAAAAAAAAUUCAUUGCAUCAUACCCUCCAUUGCAUCAUAGCCUCAUGUUUUACACACACACACGCACACACACACAACCCCACCACCACCACCACCACCACCACUCCCCAAAAAACACAAUUUUCCAACAAAGAAAAGCCCAGGACCAGUUGGAUUCUCAGCUGAAUUCGACCUGACUUUAAAAGAAGAAUUAAUGCCAAUAAUACUCCUUAAAUUACUCCAUGAAAUAGAAUAGUGUAGAACACUUCCAAAUUCAUUUUAAGAAGCCAGUAUCAUCCCGAUACUAAAACCAGAGGAUACUUCAAAGAAAGAAAACUAUAGACCAAUAUCCCUGAUGAACAUUGGUGCAAAAAAAAAAAAAUCCUAAUAAAAUAUUAGCAAAUAAAUAUUUGACAACAAAAACUAUAUAUCAUGAUCAGAACAGUCCAACUAAGCCAGGCAGUAGAGGUCAGGAUAGUAAUAACCUUUGGUAUUGGUGACUUCAUUAUAGAAUUAAAAUAGAUCCUGAGAUCUUGGCAUUAUUCUAUUUCUUAAUCUUGCUUUCAUAAGAGUGUCAUGAAAAUGUAAUGAUCUAUACACUUAUGCUUUGGACCAUUUUUUAAAAAUUCAUGUUAUACUGCAAUAAAAUGUGGAGGAAAACAUAAAUAAAUAAGAUCCUAGAGCUGUUAUAAAUCUCAUCUGCACUAGAAGAUAGAGAAAAGAUUUGAUACUUUGAUACAUGUUUGGGGAUUGCAGUUAUCUCAGAAAAGAAAAAAGGCAGAUGUACAAAAUAAUAUUUGAGAAUUUAAACAGUGUUCACUACUUUCACAGUUAGGACACCAAUCCAAGCCACUAGCACACCUCUCCUGAACCAUUGUGAUUUGCCUUCUGAAAAGUCUCUCAUUCUUUGUUCUACUGAGCCAAGAAUCUGAUGGUAAAGAUCGUUUACGUCAGGAUUCAAUCAGCAAUAGAACCACUAGGAAGGUGAUGGAUGGAAUGUGGGGUUUAUUCUAAGGAACAGAACUUCUGCAAUUAUGGGAGCUGAUGAAGAAGUCUAUGGGAUGCUGCUGCCUUUGUCUCCAAUGGCCUGAGAUCACCAUGAACUGCCAGCCUGUCAGUCAGGUUGAAAAACUGGACAUGAAAUUGGAGAAAAUAAAUAUGAACUGGACCCCGUGUCCACCUCCGACUUCUGUCACAGGGGUGACCUGCAGAAGCCAACGGUCUGCUGUGGAUGGCACAUAAGCCUGCUCUAGCAGUACAAGAAGCUAAAUAAGCUCUGGUAGGAGCCAUAGUGAUGCAGACACAACUGGGACAUCAUGCCAACAGCAUGAGUCAGCAGAUACGCAGCCCCAGGCCAAGAGUUACAGCCACACCAGGGGUCCACUCUGACCUUCAGAGCAUAUGGCUGCUGCUUCACUUCCAACUGCUAAAUAUAAUACCAAUGUCUCUGUGGCCUAAAACCAUUCAGGAAAGACUUCUGGAAACAUACUUCCAGUUCAGCCAAGUUACACAGUAUAAAAGCACCAGCUAUCCUUUUAAAAAAUAAGUCCUAUCAUGUCGUCCUUCUACUCAAAAUCUGCUAAUGGCUCCCCAUCUGUUUUAGGGAAAAGGCCAAAAUAAUCAUGCUAUCUACAACAUUUUAUACAAGCUGCCACUUUUAAAUCCUGAUACUUCCUUACACCUGCAGCUAUACUGGUCAUCUUGCUAUAUGACAUGCACCAUAAAAAUUAAAUAAAAAAAUAAAAAAGGCUUUAUUCAGUCAUUUUUCUGCGUAGUCCCUCUGCCCUCUGUGUUCUAGCCAAGGGCUAUGUGCAUUACUGAAUUCCGUCAUGUCAUUCUACACUCUGCUCAAAUAUCAGCCUCAGGAAGAGAUUUCCUGCACAGAGUAUUUGAAACCAACGCACCCAGGGUGCUCCUUCGUUGCACCCCAUUGUUUGUCAACAGGACAUUUGUCACCAUCUGAAACACAGCUUCAUUUAAUUAGAGCAGGUAGGAACGCUAACUAGUGACUAGGUCCCAGGUCUCUUCACUCUCAAAUUUCCCUUUCAGUUCAGCCCUAAGCUCCUGUUACUGAUCUGGUUUAGAGUCAAAGGCGUGUUCCCAAAACAAGCCCUCCCCCCAACUCUACCUGUGCAUGUAUGUGACACACACCAAGUGUAAUUCAGGUGCCCUAGAGAUGAACUGUGAGCUGAGAUGUGUGCGCAUCGUCUCUACAAAGUACAGCCUCCCCAGUUUCUCAGUAUCAAGAGCUGCCACUGUCAUCCAUCCAGUGCUCAAGUGAGACGAGUCACCCUCCAAUCCAGACUUCAAGCUCCGCUUCAUGAGGCCAUUGCCGAGGUCAGUGCAUACCUCUUCCUAAUAGUGUCAUCUUCAUGAUCUUUAUCAUCUGCAUCACAGCCAUUGUCCCCCCAACCUAAUUCCAAAAAUUCUCCUAAUCCUUUUGCUCUUGCACUGUGAACUCAAUAAACAAUGGUCAUUUUUAGACAAA